AUGUCUGCAACAGCAGCAGCUGCAGGGUCAGAGCCUAAGCCUGAGCAGAAGUCUUUCCGCCUCCUUGACCUCCCACCCGAGCUCUGGGUCGAAAUCGGCAAGCUCGCAGUUGAUGAACACGUAGCACAACAUGGCGAUCGAUCGCCCGGCGAUUUAUCCAAAAUCUUCUCGAUUUCGCUGGCUAUCUCCAACAUCAGAUCGCUGCAGGCACUCGGUUGUUAA